GCGAAAAGAAGAAAAAGGAACUGAGUAACCAAACCAUUUUUUCCUGGCAAGAGCCCUGACUCAGAUCCGUCUGGAUCUCCUCCCUUCCCCUUGGCUUGGGGGAUCGAGGGAGGGGGGAGAGAGCGAGAGAGAGAUCGAGGGAGAGAGAUUUCAGAGGCUGCUGGAAACCCUUCGGUCCCUCCCCAAGCAAAGGCGACCACGAAGGACCCGCUGCAGCCAGCCACGCUCUCUGCCAACAUGGGCCGAGCGACGGAUCCGACCCACCGCGUGCCCCACACCUCCAAGACCAAGCUGGCUUGAAAGCGGAGAGGGAUCCUUUUCUUUCGCUCUUGGCUCCGAGAACUGGGGGAUUUCCUGGCGCUUUCUGCGGCAGCCUCUGCUGGGAAACCAAACAAGCCAUCGCUCCAAAGCAGAUUCUUAUUUGGCGUGGACAGCUUUUAUCCUGUCGGCACUGGAGUAGCGUCUCGGAAGGAGGAGGAGGAACAUUCCCUUUUCUGAGUCCCUGGACACCUGCAUUCUUGGAAUUCUCUGAAUGUAAGGCAUUCUUGUUCUACAAAAGUCCACCGGUCUGGCUGCAUUAUUCUCUUGGACUCUCGGAUUCCAACUGAGCUGCUGAGAUCAGAGCACAUCUCUCCCGUCGCCUCGUUGGCUUUGUUUCCUCUGCCGGAAUCUUGGCUUCUGACCCAGUUAAGGACUCAAAAGGUGGAGUUAGGUACCAAAGUCAACUUAACACUACUGCCUUCCAUAGCUGUCGCUUCUCCUGGUUUUUGAACUCCUCGGAUUGCUUAACAUUUGGGAACUCUUGCACACCGCCACCCGGGUCCUGUUGGCUAAAAUAGGCUUAAAGCACUGCCUGAGAUAAAGUUAUCUCUGGAUCCUUGCCUUUACCCCUUCCCUGUCUUGGACGCCUGGGUGCCUUGUGCAAAGAUCCACGUGUGGAACUGUCACCUCCCAAAAGGCAUGGGAGGCAGUGUGAGUGACGUGUGCAGUGCCGGAAAGGGUGAGUGGAUUGGGUGUAUUUAGGGGAAAGAAAAGUCGCAGGUGGAGCCUAAAGGAGGUAUUUUCAUCUUUCUUCUCUCUCUCUCUCCCUCCCUCCCUCUCCCCCUCUCUCUCCUGAGUAGCUGGAGGAGCUCUCAACCCUACUUCUCAGCUCCUCCUCCUGUCUUGCCUCUCUAAUUCUUACAGUUACUCUUUCCUCCCUCCUUUCUCCUCCUCCUGGGGCUCUCCCUGUUCCAUCAUUUCCCUUCGCUCCUUUCCUGAAUCCCCAUUCUUUUCCACCCCUUCUCUUCUAUUUCAUCACCUUUCUUUCUCCAGUCCUCUUUCCUCCACAUUUUCCCCUCUACUCUCUGCUUUCUUCUUUCAGUCUAGCAUAACCUUUCUCUUUGUCUCCUACCCCUCUUUUUAGGCCUAUUCCCCUGCCCAUUCUUACUUUGCUUACUUUGCCCAUUCUUUUCUUUGUUCCUUGUCUUUGUUUUCUAGGCGUAUUCUUACCUCCUUUUCCAGCUCCUGCUGUCACUCACUUUCCCUGACUUGCUCUCACAUUUUCUCUCCCUUAUCACAUUUUUUCCUCCCUGGCGUUAUAGCCUUCACAUCUUCAAAUCACCUCUAAUACCCUCCUUUUUUUUACACCCCUUCUCCUUUCCUAGGUUUCCCUCUUAGCCCCUCCUAGCCUAUUCCUCAGGUGAAGAUGUCCUCAGCUCCAGCACUGCCAGAGUGGAAGCUCCAGUUACUGGAGCGUCGGCGAAAAGAGGAGGAGGAGGCCCGUCGGCGGGAGCGGGAACAGCAAGACCGCAUGGCUAAGAUGCCAGCCUGGAAACGGGAGAUCAUUGAAAGACGGCGGGCCAAGCAGGGCUCUAGCACGUCUUUCUCAGAGCCUGGAGGGCCAGGAGGAAUGGAGAGUGGGGUAGCCCCUCCUCCUGCUGUACUCUCACCCUGCCAAGAUGGGGAGCCAGAGAGCUCUGUGCUCCGGGAGAAGAUUGGCCCAGUCCAUCAGAACCCUUUCAUUCAGCUGGAGAAGCGACGCAGCAAGGAGUCAGACGGCGACAUCACCAGUGCAAAAGCCAAGCAGAUUGUGGAUCUGUAUGGACAGAUUCCAGGUGUCCGCACCCUACGUGCUGACAAUGUCAUCAUUAUUGAGUCGGUCCCUGGGGCAGUGCCGACACAGCUGGCUAGUGAUCGGCAUGCGGGAGAAGCCAAGUCCGGCAGCGUGGAGUCUCUCAAUGAGCUGCUGGCACGCCGGGGAGGCAGUGUGACGGAGAUCCGUGCUGGAGAGGUCUUCAUUGUCAAGUCUGCUCUGAGCCGCAGUGUGGAGGAUCUCAAUUCUGCGGACCGGGCCGAGUGCCGGGCAUCCUUGCCCGAGCAGCAGCGAGGCCGGGUGAGCAAACUGCUGAGCCGCUUUAGCCAGGAAGACAGCAGCAGUGCAGUGUCACUGCGGCCAGUGAGGUCUCUCAGUACGGAGAAUCUAACAGAAAGCACCUACACGGCCAGGAAGCCUGGCCGGGCACCAGCUGAUCCCAGCCCGACCCGGCAGCACCCCGACAGCACCCCCAGCUCGACUCGGCAGCACCCCGACAGCACCCCCAGCCCUCCACGUGACCUUCUGGGACUGACUCCACCAGUGGCCCACAUUGUGGCAUCUUACCGCAACCAGUUCAAAGCCAAAUCAAGCAGUGGGGAGGCCUGGCCAGACAGCCCUCCAAGGCGCUCGCCGACCGGAAGAACAUGGGGGAGGGAGGCUGCCUCCCCAGAGAGAGGGCCCAGACCAGAGAGUAGUGAUUCGGAGGCUACUUUCGAGAUGCACCCUGCAACACCACCCGCUUUGGUCGCCGAGGAUGAUAUCCAGGGAAAGGCUUUGGCCAAUCUGCGCCUGCACUCCCGGAACUCCUUUGUGGUUGUGCCGCGACGUGCCUCGGCCUCCCCUCCUCCUGAACCCAAACAGGAAGCCAACCCUUCUCCUUCUGUCAAGCCCCCGGCCCCCACUUCCUGCUCCUCACCCAGACGUGAACAGCUUGUCCCGGACGCUGGAGAGCUGCCUGAGGCUGAGGCCAUGAGGCGUGUCGGGAGCAGCAGCGCUAAGGAAGAUAUUAGGCUGGGGGGCUUGGCCCGGGCCUCAUCCCCCCACCCAGCGGUGCAGCGUCGCAGUGGCAACACCAUCACUAUCAAUCCCCGCAAGGCGCCCACAACACCUGUCACUGCGGUGGAGAAUGGCAUUGAGGGCGAAGUUCCCACAGCGGUGGCACCAGUGAAGAAACGCUACCCCACCGCUGAGGAGAUCCAGGUGAUUGGAGGCUACCUCUCCCUCCAGAGAUCCUGCCUCGCAAAGAAUGACCCACACCGGAAAAAGCUUAAGAUUUCAUUUAGUGAAAAUCAGCUGGAGAGGACCUUUGAGUACCCGUCAGAGGGCUCCCUUCUGGAGAAGUUUGGGCCUCCGGAGGAGUCAGAGUCUCUGACCUACACAAACCCUCAUGUGGAUGAUGAUGAUGAAGAGGAGGAACUCCUGCUGCUUCACCGGGGCCUCCCUGGCCUAUUGAGGACCAAACCCCUCAUUGUGGAUGAGUCCUGUCGGCGGUAACCCCGUUCAUCCUUCUCCAUAGUAGGGAAGGCUGAAAUAUAUCUAAGGAUUCACGCCACAGUUUGAAUCCUUCAGCUGGACCUUGAAUUUCUUUCCAUCUUCCAUUGGCCACCAUGCCAAGGAAAGAAGCCAGGACCAAGAAAGACUGGAAAAUGUUGCCCUUUUUCCAGGGCUUUGGAUGUAUUUUCUUCCUUAGGGAGAAAAGAGACAGUUCCAAAAAUAUCCUCUUCUCUUCAGUGUCCCCUCUCCCACCACCGGCUCUAGUCUUGAAACAGGAUCUCAGAAGACCAUCACCCCAAUGAAACAGACCACCCCAGAUCUGGAUGGCAGUGGGUGCUUUGAGUCAUAUGAGACUUUCCCUGAUCUAGAUGGUAGGGUUGAUCUAGAUGAUCUGGACAGGGAGCUCCUAAGCUACUGCACAGGUUUGAUUUAGAGAAUUCUUUUCCUGUCGUUACACUGCCAGCUGACAAGGAUUCUGCUCCAUCAGCAUCUUAGAUUUACAGAUUUCUUAAAACUGCCAGCAAAGGGAGCUCUGAACCUUGUAUACGCAUUGUUGCUGUUUCAAGCAAGGGCUAUCAUCUUUCUUCCUGUUAUCACCCAAGCAAUGGUUCAUUAACCCUCACUGGGUUGAGGGACAAUAUAAUUCUCAGGUUACUUUUUGUAAAGUACCUGGAUGUUGUCCAUGAGAACCCUGAAUGGAAAAACAAAAUCCUAAUAGUUGCCAUAUGUUUGAGAGUAGCGGGAGAGAGGCAUUAGCUGUGAAAAGCAAGCAGUUAUGUUGGCACACAGCCUAACAGUAUUGGGGAGAGCUUUGUAGCUGGGGAGGGGGGUGUUCCAAGUUUUUUUAACCAAUUCUGGAGGAAGUAAAUUCAAAAGAAUAUGGCUCUAGUUAUUGAAGCAAGAGUUACAACUAAUAAGGCAUGUACCUGGGCAAAUGGGGAGGGUUCUUGGGUGUUGCUAAAAAGCAGGAGCACUUGGUAUUAAGGCAUGAGACUGGGAUCAAAUGGGAAACGUCUGUCUCUGCAUAUGGAGAGAGCUAGUUGUUGCUGGGGAUGGUUUAUUUCUCUUUUUAGUUCAGGAAGAGGCAGUCAUACUGGAGACAGCCAAGCCUGAAUUUGGCAUCAUAGAAAGCAGGAAGCAGCAGUGUGUGGAGAUAAGGAACGAAGUGGAGCCAGCGGGAAAGUGCAGCUGCCUGUUUUAGUCAAAUUCAUUUCCUGUUCUGGAUUCAGAACUCAUUAGGGAUUGAACGGGCAGGCAAUGAAGUGGAAUGAAUAGAUGCAGGUGGGAUGUUAGAAAAUGAAGUGAUAAUGACCAAUAGGUGUGUGUGUUUAUUAUUUUACAAACAAUCUUGAUGAGUAUUUGUUGUUCUUCACUGCAUGGCAUGUUGAAACUGAAAAGGGGGCCAAGGGACAUUGGGAAUAGCUUUCAAAAGGAAUCAACCAGAGAGAGAUUGCAGUUCAGCUUGCUAUCAGCAGCCCAAGGUUGGCUUUAGGAUCUGGGGAAAGCCUCAGAAGAAAGACUACCAAGUAAGGGAUAGGCAGGGCAGGUCAUGCAGACCAUGGGCACACUCCAGAGUCCUCUACCAACAGGAUCUGAUGUACACAAACCAAGCCACAUGCCACUGAACUGCGGUUCUAGAGUUUUGUUUUCAAAUACAGCGUUCAUUCUGCCAAAUGAGGACAAUAUCGUUCUUAGAUAAGAUUAAAAGGAAAGUAAAGACCUGUGGAGAAUUUGCUAGAAGUCCUUUAAAUCUUAUCAGGAGGCUCCCUGUUCCACUCAGGGCAUGAGGGGCAAGCACAGCUGGGCAUCUGCUAAGAGCUAAUUCUCAGCGCCCCCCCACCCCCCGUCCCGGAGCUCUCUGGCCACUGUGUUCCCCUUGUCACUGCUGGUCCACUGGCCCUCUCUGAGUGAAGAAGCAGAGACAGAAACAAGAAGAGCAGCAGCCUCUGUGUCUUCACUCUGGAUCCAUCUUCGGCACUAAGGCGAAGGGCAAGCUGAUCUGGUAGUGGAGAUAGCAAGGAGGGGCAGGCAGGCCAACUCAGGGAAGCAGGGAGUCACUGUGGGCGGGCAUCUUGCCCAAGGGCUCCCUCUCCAAAAAACAAACCAAGCAAGCAACCUGGAGCUGCCUUAGGAUCCUGGCAAAUACCUUACAAUUCAACCCUCUGGAACUGCCAAUGCAAAUCUUCCAUCACUCUGAUUGAAAGCCUGCAGCAAAGCCAGAAGUGUCCGAUUCAAAUUGGAGGCAUUUUAAAACCUUGAACAGGAAUUCCUCUUUUUAUUGGGAAUCUUGAGACUUGGGGAGCCUGUUCAGUUACAUGGCUUGAAGAACAGCACAACUCAUCUCCAGGAAAGGAUGCAGACUGAAAGAAUGAAAGAUGGAUGAAUGUAUGAGAACAGAAAACUGGCUUUAGGAGCAUGAUGGUGAAGAGUGUGGACUGAAGGAAUAGAAGUAUGCAAGAAUGGAAGGAGAUGGCGCAGAUGGGAAGGGAUGAGAACAAUGACAUGUCUUCUCUCCCCCUUCCAUGCUAAUUUAUCAUGUUAUCCAUGUGCACCAUGUUUAUCAUUACUCUUAUUUUGCACUGUGGGAGCAGCCAUGCCCAAAACCCAUGAUCGAAUGAGUGAAUGACUGAAAAUAGCAGACAUCUCUUUCUUUGAUGGGGUCUGCAAAGAUCAGUGUAUGUCGGGUGAGGGGCGAAGCAGCUGUGUCCAGCCAUUUCCAUCAGUGUUUUUUUAAUAUGUUGUUAUUAUUAUUAUUAACAAUAAAUCAGAAUGAUGUUGCACGUUGA